AUGAUGAUGACUAUGAUGACAUGUUGAUAACGCUAUAAAUGAGCACUUCUCGUACCUUCCAAUUGAUCCUCCCAAGGACAUUCUAUCCAAACUUCCAUCGGAACUACCAUCGUUCCUUGAUAACACCCCGGCAUCCGUCGAGCUUCGUUCAGCAUAUGUUCAGCAUGUCAUUUCUAAGACCUUGACCUACCGCAUCUUCCAUCCCUUCCUGUUCACCUUGGGCCGCCGGUUCGAUAAGGCCGAUACCUUCUUCCAGAUGCUGUCGAUGGAUAUCCGCCGCAAGUCCGUGAGACGGGAGGCGUUCUGGAGACAGCAGACACUGAAGGCGGCGUACACGACCUCGGACGCCAAGCAAUCGAUCAACGUGGUGGCGGCCGUCAUUGUUGACGAGAUCAUCGACCAACUCAAGCACUUUGCCGACCCGAAGAACCUGGAUGCUCUUCUCGUCUCAGUCCGCAAGAUUGUCAAGCUUGCAGCUGAGACCUGGCGACUUGCGCGCGUGGAGCGAGAGCUGAUCCUGGCCUCGUUGCCGUCGCCCGAUGCCGAUGCCGUUUCCAAUGAUGACUGGGAAGAGUAUGGCACCCCCAAGGAGGGCAGCCUUAGCUCUAAGGAAGACCCCACUCGUCAUGUUAUCCUGCGCACCUUCCCCCGGAUCACGCGUGAGGCAGCGCACGAGGAUUUCGCGAUCGAGGAAGAAAAGUACAACCCCUGCACGUACUCCCGUGGCUGUGUUCUGUACUCCGACUCCCCUGUGGUCAUGGCCCGUCUUCAAGAGUUGGCGAAGAAGUCAGAUGACUCGCCUCGUCGUGGUUCAAGAGACUCGAGCCGCUCAGAUGGGUCGCCCUCUCCCCGCCGGAGUCGGGACGGCAUGAGGGCAUGAACGAAAGCUUCGAGUAGUGCGAUGUGAGUGGCUAUGUCGACCAGGAUACUGUUUUAAUAACCGGCUUGUUUCAUAUACUUUUGGUCUUUCCCCAUUUUGUCU